UACAACUGUCAUGCGGCAUCACUAUAUAUACGCAGAGACAAAGCACCAGUCUGACACACUCACAAACACGCCAAACCUUGAGAGAGAUACACAGGGCAAAAACAGCUUGACGCAGUCAUGAAGGUGUUCGUUGUACUAGCCGUUGCAGUGCUGUCUGGCUGUCAUGCCAACCUCUUCUAUGCCGAUGCACCCAAGCCACAGCUGGAAGUGCUGACUGAUGCUUUCUGGGACUACAUUGCCAAAGCCACCCAAACAGCGGAUGACACCCUCCAGAUGAUCAGGAAAUCACAGUUUGGACAGGAAGUCAAUGCCCGCUUGGCAGACAGCACCGACAUAGCCAGCAAGUACGCAGUCACCCUGCAGAAGCAGCUUCCCCCUGCAGCCCAGGACCUGAUGACCAAGAUCAGCGCAGAGGCUGACAUGCUAAGAAGCGUGCUGACCGAGGAGCUGAGCACCGUCAAGGACAAGCUGGAGCCCUACACCGAGGACAUGAAGGCCCAGAUCCAGCAGAGGGUGGAGCAGCUCAAACAGGAGCUGGCCCCCUACGCGGAAUCCGUGGACUCUGAGGCCCUGAGGACCACCCUGAUACAGAAGAGCGAGGAGCUGAAGGCCAGCCUGGAGCAGAGUGUGAAAGACCUGCAAUCUCAGCUGGGGCCCUACACCGAUGACCUGAAGCAGAAGGUGGACCAGCACCUGCAGGACUUCCAGGAAAGUGUGGCCCCCAUGACCGAGAAGGUCCAGGUUGAGCUGAGUCAGAGAGCCAAUCUGGUGAAACAGAUGGUGGCCCCCUACGCUGAGGACCUGAGGGAAAAGCUGGACCCCUACGCUCAGGACCUCCAGGCCCAGUUGAUGUCCCUCUACCAGUCCUUUGUCAAAGGCAACUAAGUCAACCUCCACACCUGCUCCAUCAUUUAUAAAGAUGCUGGCCUUGUUUGGUCUACCUCUGUUUGAAGCAUAAAAUGUUUGAAUUGUACUGUAAGUCAAAUUAAACUAAUAUUUAUUGCUGGGUGCAAAGCAAACCUCUGCGUUUGCCAGAAAUGUAAAUACAAAGUUUUUACUGUGUGUUGUUGAGUUGGAAACUGUAACGUUUUUUAGUAAUUUCUGUAAGUUAUCAAAAAUAAAUAGAUGAAUCUGGCAAA